AUGCCUUCAGGAAAACCUUCUCUGACGCAGCUUAAUCUUAGUUAUGGAGUUGAAAAGAAACUUACUGCUGAAAAAAUUGAGCAUGAAUUUUGGCCAUUGGAUGAAAUAGAUCCAAAGAAAGCAAAGUUCCCUUGUUGCAUUGUUUGGACACCACUACCUGUAGUAUCAUGGUUGGCACCUUUCAUUGGACAUGUUGGCAUAUGUCGGGAGGACGGCACUGUUAUAGAUUUUUCAGGAUCCAACCUUGUUAAUUGUAAUAAUUUUGCAUAUGGCUCUGUUGCCAAAUACCUUCAACUGGACCGAAAGCAGUGCUGCUUUCCUCCAAACGCCAAUGGACAUACAUGCAAGCAUCGCUACAAGCAUGCCGAUUUUGGCUCUGCAAUCACCUGGGAUGAUGCCAUUCGAUUGACUAUACAUAACUUUGAGCACAAGUCUUUCAAUCUUUUCACUUGCAACUGCCACUCUUUCAUUGCGAAUUGUCUGAACCGGCUUUGCUAUGGUGGAUCAAUGACUUGGAACAUGAUCAAUGUUGCUGCUCUCAUACUAUUUAAGGGGACAUGGGUUGAUGGCUUGUCUGUCUUAAGAUCAUUUUUGCCUUUCAUGGUGAUGCUAUGCUUGGGUGUAUUCAUGGUUGGAUGGCCAUUUCUAAUAGGAUUAUUUUCCUUUUCUCUUCUGCUUAUUGGAUGGUAUUUGUUGGGCACUUACUGUUUUAAAAACCUCUUAGAUUGUUAG